UGUUAAACGGCGGAAAACACAUGCUCUACAUCGUAUGCCGUUGUCGCCUAAAUUGGGCACCUUAAACCGGCGAAUCACGUGACGCUGUAUUUAAGCAGACAACCAAAUUGUCAGGUCCUCCAAAGCGACUAGUAUGAAAGGCUGUUGGUCACCUCUCUAAGAGCGUUCGUCAAACGUCGAGAGGUCGUACGCCUCGUAUGAAGGCAUUUCGAGCUGGGAUUUGGGAUACUUGGUUUCCAAACAUGUUAUCGGCCAUCUUAAUUAUUUGUGGCCUUGGAAUGGCAUCGUGUACUACGCAUGCGCCGGUGAGUCCCGUAUGCGCAAGUCUGAACAUGAUGCAGGUGCGCGCGGUCAUCACGCAAGCGAUUGCCAACGCGCGCGCGGCGCUGACCAGUCAGAAACAGCUGAACGAGUACAUGUUUAGAAUCGGGAUCGACGAGCCAUUGAACAUGCCGAGUCAGACGAAGACCUACCACCAACACUAUGCGGCCUUCUCUCACCUCAACCAACCCGCGGCCAUCCAGGUGGACUCCGGUUACAUCGUACAGUACGCAACCGAACAGAUCACCAGCCAAUUGAUGAUCGGUGUCGACGAACUGAACUCCUGCCCCGGCGUCCAAAUGAUCUGGCACGAGCUCAUCUCACCAUUCUGUAUCCGUCGUGACGCAAUAUGUGACGUCAACGCCAAAUAUAGAACAAUCGACGGCUCGUGCAACAACUUGCAGCGCCCUCUGUGGGGCCGCUCCAACAGACCUCAUAUCCGAUUUUUGAAGCCGCAUUAUAUGGAUGACAUCGGCGUCCCACGCCAGGUGAGUGUCACAGGGGAGCAGCUCCCGAGUGCGCGCACCGUGAGCAACGCGAUCCACCGUCAGGACCCGUGCUGCCCCUUGAAGGAGCGAGACUUGAGCCUCUACGUGAUGCAAUGGGGCCAGAUGCUUGACCACGACCUCACGGAUACCGCUAUCGCCAAGGGCGCCAAUGACGCCACCAUCAUCUGCUGUAACCUCACACAGGAAGUUCUCAUGAAAAGGUCCGAGUGUUUCCCCAUCUACAUUCAGGCUGGGGACGAACGGUUCAAGGAAUCAUGUAUGAACUUCGUGCGCUCCAUAGCAGGACAUAGCGACACUUGCGACAUGGGUCGUCGUAAUCAGCUGAACCAGGCGAGCUCGUUCCUGGACAGCUCAUUCCUGUAUGGUCACAAUGACGAAGAUGCGCGCGAGAUCCGCUCCUUCCGGGACGGCAAACUGAAGAUGACAAAUAGCGGCCUGUUUCCCGCCGGAACGAAUGACCAGACGAACUGUGAGCUGGAGGGAAAGGGAGACUACUGCAUGAAAUCAGGCGACUUCCGGAUCCACGUGAUGCCCGGCCUGACGGCUAUCCAGGUGAUGUUCCUGCGGGAACACAACCGACUGGCAGGCGUCCUGCAGCAGCUAAACCCCACCAUGUGCGACGAGGACCUGUACCAGGAGGCGCGCAAGAUCGUCAUGGCCGAAGUACAGCACAUCACAUACGCUCACUGGCUGCCGUUCGUGAUCGGCGAACGUCUUUGGAAGCAGAUGGGACUCGUGCCGUCUCCCUCUGGUUUCUGCACGAGCUAUGAUUGUGACCUUGACCCGACUAUCUCUAACGUGUUUGGUGGCGCGGCGUUCCGGUUCGGGCACACGCUCCUACAGAACUCCGUGCUCUUCAUGAAAGGCCAGGGCUUCCACAUCCGGAAUGAGAUGGGCUUCAACCGGCCACGUAUGAUCUUCGACGACAACGCCAAGGGCUGCUCGUAUGUUGCUAUGGGUCUUUCGGUGCAUCCGGCCAGCCGCGCGGACGGACAGGUCGUGGACAGCGUACGGAACAACCUCUUCCUUGACAUGAACGGCCGCAGCUUCGAUCUGAUUUCGCUUAACAUUCAGCGAGCCCGUGAACACGGUUUGCCAGGCUACAACUCGUGGCGAAAGUUCUGUGGGAUGCCCUACGCGAUCCAUUUCGGGACGGGCCCCGGCGGACUGGUGGACCACAACCCAGAGGACGCCAAGAAACUCCACUCUAUAUACAGACACCCAGAUGACAUUGACAUCUUCGCGGGCGGUCUCUCGGAGCGGCCGGUAGAGGGCGGCGUGAUCGGACCCGUGUUCAGCUGCAUUGUGGGUCGCACUUUCCACAACCUCAAGUACGGCGACAGGUUCUACUACGAGAACGAGGACAGCAGGACGGGAUUCACGCUUGCCCAGCUGAACUCGAUCAAGAAGAUGGGUCUGGCCAAGCUGAUGUGCCUACACUUCCACACGCCGCACGUGCAGAUGGUCCCCUUCCGGAUGCCCGGGCCAACGAACCCCUUGGUGAACUGCGCGAUGUUUGAGGAUCUGGACUUCUCACUGUGGAAGCAGUAACAGUCUGUCAUCAAGCAUGAUUGUACCGAUUGUAUGAAUAACUAUCAACGAACACGCGUGCUUGCAUGUGGAUAUUAUGUUACCUUAAUAUGAAUAUCGAUACAUGUAUUUCUUACUUAUUAUUUGAGUAAUUAUUUGCUGUAAAAGUCGGAUAAUUUCCGGUUGAUUUAUUUUUUUGUGUCUACGUAGAUCGCAACGUUUCUAUAUCUCAUCUUAGCCAAUACGAGACAGUACUUCAUUCCAUGUCUUGAUGUGUUUUAUUUAUGCGUAUCCUUGACAUUUACUUCAGCAUCCUUUUUUUGAAUUCCUCACGUAAAAACCAUCAGUAUACUUGCGAUUAUGAAAGAUAAAACAAGAAUAUAAGUGGUUGAACAACAA